AUGCCCGGCAUCACCACUGUUCUCGUAUACCCCCCUCUCUUCCCCCACUUCCAGUGCAGUAACGGCGUUGGCGGUGGCUACGCCCCCGACGCAUUCCCCAAAAAUGCGUCAACUCUACCAAAAAAUCCAUCACGAAUACACGGCACGAGGGCACAAACCAUGAGAAAAGCGGUGGCGAGGAUUCUUCCACAGGGUCCUCGCGAUCUUGGCGGUACCCUUCUGGGUUUACGUCUUGACAUCAUGAGCAUUGGUGAAUUCUACGUCUCCCUCGACGACCCUCACCGAACGUGGCUGCCUGGUGACGAGGUUCUGGGUCAAAUCAUCCUUGCCACUACGAAAAACCUUGUCAAUGUGGCAGUGACACUUUCCUUGAUUGGAGUGAUCAAAAUAAAUUCCCUGAGUCACAAACUACGCCCAGUAAAGCAGGAGUUGUUCAACCACACCAUUCGAAUUUAUGGUGACGAAACAGGCCAAGCGGGCUUAUUCAAGGGCGAACAUCGCUUUCCGUUUAUUGUCAAAUUGCCCGUGAAAAGAAUUUUCACCAGCAUAGAAUUUGGAAAAGGGCUGAUCAACUAUAUCCUUCGGGCCGCGAUUGGAUCGACACAACUGUCACCGAUAUCUCAAUCUGGAGAGUUGAGCAACCCCACAUGUACUUCAGAGAAGGUUCUCAACAUUCUCAAACCCAUUGAUGUACUGUUAUUACCUCCAGCCAAGCCUAAACGUCUUAUUAUUAAAGACCCCCGACAGCAACGAUUACUAAUGAGGACACACCUGGUUAGUUCAUCUGCUACGUUACUGACCACACUGAGUACAGAACUGAAUGCCACUGAUACACCAUCAGAAUCUAGUGGUAGCAUCAAGUUAUCAUUCGAAAUCCCUCAACGAGGUUUCAUCAGAGGUGAGCUGAUACCCAUGCGAUUACUGAUAAAUCACUUUCGCCAACUUCUGGACUUGAAUGGGGUAAUUGUCACCCUUGUAAGGGUCUGUCGCUUAAACAAUGCCCCUGGAGGAUUUUUAGAACUGUUUCGAAAAGAUCUUCAGCAAGUCAUUCUUCCGCUCUACGUUGACCCCGAGUCGAAACACGGGUUGGUGACCACAAACUUACGCGUGCCCCCUGAUGCCUUCCCCACCAUCGAAAAAUGUCCUUUGGUUGGGUUUCAAUAUUAUAUUGAAGUGCUCGUUAAUCUACUGGGGAAACCCGUCGACAUCAAUGGCGGGGCACAUACACCAAGACUAGUAGAUCAGGAAGGGAAUUCACCUGUUGGACUUGAUGCAUCAAUUGAAGCACCUUCUCGUGUGGCGUUCGUCAAUACUGACAAAUUCAAACGUCUGCGAAAGUUUUUACAGCUUACGCAAGAAAUAAUUAUUGGGACGCACAGGCUGAUUCCCAAUGAUGGAUUACUGCCCUGGCUGCGAAGACUGUCUCUGCUGGGAAUGGCCCUGCCACAAGUUGGUACCAAUCCAACAACCCCCCUGGAACCUCCAAUGCCUCUGGUACUCGAGCAAGAAUUAAGAAACUCCCCCGAAUUUUCUGAAGUGCCAGGUUAUACCGAGAACAUUGACACAGACAUUCCCAAUAAUUUCGGCGUGAUUGCAACGCCGUAUCAUGAAGUCAGCGUAUCCGAAAGUAGCGACGAAAAGCAGCGCUUACAGGCUCAAGAAGCUGCACUUCUACCACUGGCACCUCCGGAUAGUGACGACGAUGCUCUGGCAACCACCGAUGUGCCUGAAGCCCUCCCUUCGCUCCCUCCAUACAUGGGCAAUCCCACCGCUGGCGGUGAAAAUGUUUCAGAUACACUGGAACAAUAA